AUGGGUUCCCAAGUGUCGAAGCCUGCGAAAGCAGCAUCGCGCAAGUUUCCGACUCGUCCGGGCGGUGCACUCCCUCCGCCUCAUAGGCCAGCAGCUUUAAGACCAGCUCCAGCAUCAAAGGCUUCAUUCGCCAAAGAUGACGCGAUUCGUGCCGAUUCGAUUGACCCGGACCAAGGGACAAACCCGGCCUUUUCACAGCGACUAAAAGGCAUGGGCAUCGCGACGCCCAAUCCCACACUCUCCAAUUCUUCAAUCGCAGACCCGGGGCCGCAAACAUCUUCCCAGUCAUUGUUGGGAUCCAAUUACCCACUGCCCUCCAAGAAUGUGACGUUAAGCGCUCUUGAGGCUCGGAAACGAAUACAGGAUCAGGCCGACAAGCAGUUCGAAAACAUGGGAUCGGCCAAGGAUUUCGUCGACGCCGGCACCAUGAGACAGAUCCUUACAAUGCGAGAAAGGGGCCACGCCACUGUUGAUAUCGAGAAGCGGUUGCGACUAAGGAGCGGCCUCGUCGCCAAGUUGGGAGCCCAAGGCAUCGUCGCACCUGUGAUGUGA